CGGGGAGGUGCGCGUACGCUCGACGCGUGGCGACAUUCGAAACAGAGCCGCUGCGGAUGCUGCGGCAACCGCACCUGUCGCACGCGUGUAUCGCGAACGUGUACGCACACGACGCACGUGCUCAGAAACCGUCGCGAAGUUAAAUAACCACCGGUUAAAUAACAAAAAAAAAACAGUGCCAAUAAAACAAUAGCAGGAAAGGGCUAAAUCUACGUGCCUGGAAUAUCCCUAUAGACAGGGCGAUGUUAAGUGUGGCUGGGGCGGUGCUGGCGUGCCUUUGUUUGGCGCGCACCUCACCGGCCGAGCCUUACAAUCUUCGUGUCUACUCACCAAAUACACACAGCUCUACGGAUACAAAUAGCAUUCUGGCCAGCAUUGAAGAGCGGUUGCGUGUUCUAGAAACAGUUAGCGCGGUACAAGCCAAACAAACUCGCCGCCUGGACGCGAUUCAGGAUAAAUUAGAUCGUGUCGAGACUACUCUGUCUUUGAAAUUAGAAAGAGUACAACUAGCAGCGGAGAGAUUGGAACAUAGACUUCACAUGUUUCAAGUCAAUAUACAGACUACAGUCAAAGAAAACACGCAGAAAUUAGAACGAAGUCAAACAAAUUUAGUGGCACAACUCGCUCAGAACCUGACGAGCCACAUUGACACGCACAAACAUUUAUUGGAGAAGGCUAACGGUGCUUACGCAGAGACUUGGCACAGAGGUCUUGUGUUAGAAUCUUUAAUGCGCGACGGACUGUCACUAGUGAAUGUUACUAGAAGGGAAUUAGCUGAUGGACUACGAACUUUGGCGAGGAGGCAACGAGACGCGAGGCUCACCUCAGCUGACAUUGAAGCGAACUUCGCCCGAAGGAUCAAUGAAAACACUUAUAAAAUCGAUCUAAAGAUGAAGGAAGUUUUAGAAAUCCAAAAGCGUUUCAUGAAUUCCUGUGAGAGAAUACAACUCGAUGGACCGACCCAAGUAGCAGAUGUGCUGGAUAAAUUAAUAGAUUCACUCAUCAACAAGACUGCAGCAACAUUCCACGAAUUACAGAAUAUUCAAGUGACGUUGCGCAAUCAUGACAAUAGGGUAAUGAAACUGCUUGGUACAAUGCGAGUACCACAGAACGAUCCAGCGUGUCGAAGAUUAGAAACAGCUUUCCGUAAUACAUCUCACACGGUCCUUAGAGAGAACGAAUUGAAACAAUUGACGGAAAAGUUCGUAGCGUUGACGGAUCGGGCCGACGCAGCUCUGCAAAGGCUUGAAGCACAGCUAUCGGACAGCUUAGACGAACCGGUGCCGUCCUCCGAAGUCACAGCUGAAGCUGACAGACUUCUACUUAAAUUGAAGGGAUUAAGAGACGGCGAUUCAAGCGAAUUCGAUUGGGAGGAUGAUGCUGGUUACUUCGACGACGGCGGUGGAGGCGACAUCAUGGAAGAGGACAAGCUCGUCCUCAGUAAGGCAUCAAACACGAAAAAGAGGGCAACGGAAAGCGCUUCAGUGCGCCACCUACAUCGGAGACAUCUUCACAAACAUCCAUUUGAUCGUGGCCCCAACUCGAAGGAUCCUUCUUUAACAUAAAACCAAGCUUGCAAUAUAACUUUACAACGACAAGA